GCACCCAGUACCACCAGCAGCUCCCAGGUGCGGCCGGAGCCAGCCCCAGACCAGACAGGCUCCUGGGCACAGCUGCCCCUUGCCGCGCCCGGAGCACCCGCCCUUCGACAUGAGCCACCCACCGCCACGAUUACUUGAAACCUACAACAGCCUGAAGGACAAAAACUUGACUGAAUACUUCAACAAUACCUGGAUGAGACAACAUCUUCAGAGAUCAGGACUGAUUUCAAGGAGUGGGAAAAUAAUACCAGAAAAGGAAUACCGGCUUAAUGCUAUACGGGAGGAACGUCAGAGCCGUGUACGGAAGUGCCUGGCUGGCACGAUGUUUAAUGAGGCCCCUGACACAGAGCGUCAUCAUCAUCCAGGAGCAGAGAAGAAACGUGCAGAGAAUGGCAGGAAGGAGAAGGCACAGAAAGUCAAGGUAAGGCUGGAGUGCUCCCGAGUGCUGUGGGGAUGCGGCAGCUUUUCCCUGGGUUAAACCACAGCCAUGGGUCAGGCCAGAGACUCGCUGGGCCAAGGGCUCUGUCUCUGAGGUUUAUGGAAAAAGUACAAGAAGCAGAUAAAUAGAGGAUGUUCCUGCCCCAGGUUACAU